ACAGAUAAGUGCAGUGAUGUCAGUCCGUCCCACUCCUAUUCAGUACAAAUGCAGCAGAGCAGGGCUGAGCCUGCAUACCACUGCUGCUGACGGCAGACCUGAUCCCACACAAACACAGACACAAAGGCACACUUCACACUCUCUCACGUCACACACACACACACACACACUCAUCAUACCACAUUCACAGAGGAGCUGAAACGCAGACCAGAGCUUGGAGAUGCUACCGGCUGGCAACCACUGAAAAAACAUUACAGCAGCCUUCAGAGCACAGCUGAUCCAGAUAUUGUGCCUUCACCCCCAGAGAGCCAGACACACUCCCCACUGCACCAAGGAAGAGCACUCGGCAAAGGACACUGAAGUGACCUCAAGCCGUUGGACUGCACCUGAUCCUAUAUCCAAAGAAAAGGGAACCUGACUCUGAAGCAGGAAAAAGGAGUGAUCAGACUCCAACGCUGAAACACGACCCAUUCGACUGAGAGAAAGAGAGCCUGACGGCUGUCUCCAGCACCUCCAGAAAAGAAGGCAGGAUGCUGGCGAAAAUCCUUGAGGACAUGUGGGUGGAGCCAGAGGUGCUUGAGGCCCUCAGUGAGGAGCAGAAGAGGAUCCUCUUCUUGAAGAUGAGAGAGGAGCAGGUACGGCGCUGGAAUGAGCGGGAGGAAAGAGAGGAGAGGGAAAGAAGAGACACCAUCAACACCAAGCCAAAGAAAGCUUACAGCAAGCACGUGAGCUGGCUGCUGGGUCGGGAUGGAGAUGUAAGCGUCUUUGUGAUAGGAGAGGUGGACGAGUUCAGGUCAUCAAAACUCCUGCAGAGCCUCAUGAACAACAGGGUCUGCAGCGAUGAUAUCAACGGCGUCCAGAAAGAGGACUUGCUGCCAGAAAGAGAGGCCCAGCCGCUCAGCUUUAAAGAAGACAUCCAGUUGGUGCUCACUGAUGUUAGUGAUGCCCAGGCCUCACCAAAUGAUCAUUCUUCAGAGAAGGACUUGGACUCCUGCAGCGCUGAGGAUCAUGCACAGGACAGUGACUGCGAGUCGGGGGGCAGCUCAGACAACCAAGGCGACUGGACCCCUCUCUACAGGCCUCACUUUAGAAGCCAAGACAACCAGUCGCCUGAAGCCUACCUGACGGACCCAGAGACGACGAGCGAAAAGGACAAAGACAUUGUGUGUUGUGAAGAGAAAAAAUCUGAAUUUGGAGGUCGCGUGGCACAGCUCAGGAAGGCAUUCAACAAUGAUUCUCACAGCACGCCACCCACCCACACCAAACCUCCCAUACCUGCCAAACCUGCUCACCUACAGAAAAGAAGCACACCUCUACUCCACUAGGACUGAAGGUGUGUCCACCCUGCAACACCGCAUCACCCCAGAGAGGCACAGCCUGCUGACAUGAGUGCAUUGAGCCUUGUGCAGGACAUAAUGGCUCAGUGGGACUCAGAUGGACCACACUGGGGACACAUACAGUGGAAGACGAGGAUCCUUACUUGAACCUGAGUGACAAACUGAGACAAUUUUUUUUAAGUCCUUGAUAUAAUGACCAACCUACAGGCGUCAAGCAAAGAGGGCUGAAGUGACGGGAAGACUUGAAAGCUUCUGAACUGAAGUCAACCUGGAGGAUGAAAUGAAGCAGCUUUGAUGUCGCUGGGUUCAGAGUUUCAGUGACUGACAGGCAGACACAGACAGAUGUCCGAAGGGACAUUUACAGACUGUUGACUCAAACUUUAAAGAAGCACUGUUUCAUUGUUAAAUGAGUAUUAAUGAAGUUUUAAUGUACGAUCAUGGGGACCAUACUGAGGUUCAUCUGUACUGUAUAUGUCGACUGUAAAUUAAGUCUUUGUAACUUGUAUUGUUUAACAACUGAGUUCAUGUUAAAAACUAAGUGAUGAA